AUGUGGGAAGUGCAAUAUGGCGUGGGACAGGUUACGCCGAUUCACAUCAUGCAAGUCCAACGAAAUUUACAACAUCAAAUGGCGAUUACCGUACUACACAGCAUUGAAAGUCAAAAUUCGCUGAAGACCAAUGGCAGUUCGAGCACUUUGGGUAAUUCCCGGAUCACCUCAUUCCCGGGAACAAUCGGUGUGCAAGAAAGACGGACAGCUAUUCCAGAACAUGAUACAACAGUGAGAGCGGCUGAUGUUGAGGCACGUAUUGCGAAAAAAGUUGCACUUUUGGAUCAGCCAGUUCGAGAAUUUACCACAAAACCGGGAAAUUCACAGCAGCAGUUGUUUGAUAGUGCUUGCAAUUCAACUCUUGCUUCACCGGUUCCGUUCACGCUGAACAGCCCAAUGACGACACCACGUAGUACACCGGUUCCAGCAACAAGCGCAACUCUUGGCGGUACUCCAAUCCCGGUUGUUCGAGCCCUCUCCCGAGGACCGCUGCAGAGCGAAGAUGGCUUUGUAUCGAUUCCGGGUGUUAUUUCGCUCUCGACACCACCAACAAAUGCACUGAUCACUUCACAAACACCAACAGCUACAUCACCAAUUGCAGAUUCGACGACCAAUAAUGAGCAGUUAUCAGUAAGCCGGCAUUUACUAAUCUCAUGUCACCAUGUUCAGAUCUGUUGA